AUGUCACAUCUAAUUAAUAAAAUAAAAUUACAAUUGCAUAAUGAUAGUGAGGUUGAGAUUUUUGAUGAAUUUGUCCCCCCUCUAAACACUGAAGAAAUUAUUUUAGAUUGCUCUAUAUUAUCAGAAAAAAAUCUAAAUUUAGAUUUGAGAAGAUCAGCUGUAGUAAUACAAACAAAUCCAUCAAAAAAUACCAUUUUUGACGAAUUAUUGAAUAUUACUACACAACAAAUCAGUUAUGAUGAAUUGACAAGAUAUUCAAGCAUAGCAAAU